AUGACGGACCACAAUGACAGCGGCAGCUGGCAGGGUCUGCAGCUUGGCUUCGUCCCCGUCAACCAAGCAGAAUCACCUCGUGAAUCUAAACGACGCCGCGCGUACCUAUCUUGCGAACGAUGUCGUAAGCGCAAAACUCGUUGCGAGCCAGCACCAGAUCAGAAGCAGCCGUGUAAGCGAUGCUCAGCCGACAAUCAGCCCUGUGAGUUCAGAGCGUCGCGACGUACCAAAAGAAGGCUGUCGCUUCCAGGCGAAGACACCGAGUCAGUGUCGCGUCACAAUCACACGGAUACCAAUGUCGAUAUCCUAGCUUUGACGCCACCUGCAUCUCGAAAUGCCCCGGUUCAUCCUCUCAAUGAGGAGGAAUACAUGGAUGACAUACCUAUGGCCGACUGUUCCCAUGAAGCAAGGUCUCCAACCGCCCUCGACGCAAGAGCACGGAUUAUUUCUACGCAUAUCAAUAAUGCAUCAGAUGCCCUUGACCUUCUCACAUUUGCUGCGAGCGGUACCCAUGCCUACAACAACCCUUCUGCAACGCCGAGCCGCGAAAGCCAAGUUCCAUCAAUUACCUCUCCGACUGUUGCCUCAGAUGUAGCCCUCAGUCUAAAUAGAGCGUGGAAAGGCUUCUCCCUUAUUAAAAAGGGGAUAGUAUCGCAACAAGAAGUGAUGGACUACCUAGGCUUCUUCUUUGAUCAGUUAUGGCCUCUAAAGCCAGUUGUACCAUCUUACUACCGCAAUCGGACUACUUAUGGUCAGCUUGUUACUGAGGAGCCUCUUUUAGUGGUCUGUCUCGUCACGCUCUCCUCGAGAUAUUUUUCACUGCCUGGAGACCAUGGCGAGAUUAGGUCAGAGCGUAUACACUGGCAAGCGUGGAGGAUCCUGCAGCGAUCCCUUCAGUCCGUCAUGUGGGGGUCUACAACGACGCGUUCUCUUGGCGCGAUAGCGUCGAUGCUGCUUCUGAUCGACUGGCAUGUGAAGGCCAUAAAUAAUCCAUCUGACUUCACAGAGGGAGAGGACGAAUCUCAUGAACAAGUCGAUAGUCAUGGCUUCAAGCCUUCGUCCAAUAACACAGACUCACUCACUGGACAGCGACGGAGUCUUCUUUCAAACGCUAUUGCUUUAGCACACGAAGGCUGCUGUUUCCAGAACGAAUCCUCUAGAUCCAAACUUACCUCGUCCAAUCUGGACUCUAUCAGACAAGAGUGGAAUAGUCUUCUCUGUGUUUUCAUAUACCUCGCUGAUGAAGGUCUCGCAACUCGCCUUGGUCUAGAGCCCUUGUUGCCCGACAGGUCGAGACAAAUAGUCAAAGACCGAUUCGCAACGACAUUCGCUGAGUCUUUACCCAACAGUCACCUCUGGGAAGGCUAUUUUGAACUCUCCAUAGAGACUCGAAAGGGGAGAGAUUUCCUGCUCUCGUUAAAAUCCAGAGAUGGGUCCUUUUCUGACUUGGAUCUCGUGCCUCAUUUGGAACGUUUACGAAGAGCCCUGCAUCGUUGGAGACGACAGUACUAUGAUCAAGAUGAUGUCAAUUCUUUAUUGAGUGCCUGUCUUCUCAUUGAGUUUUACUACAUAAACCUGUUCUGUUUCGCUCCGGCAGCUCAAGCCGUCCAAACGGGUUCCACCUCCCUGCCACAAGAAACCCUUCAAGCCUUGUCUGAGUUCGAGGAUCAAGCAACACAGGCCAGCCACGCACUUCUAUCUAUAGUCGUGGACUUUCUGAAACCUUCAGGACUCAUCAAGUAUCUCCCAGUUAGAUGUUGGCUAUUCAUCGUUGCUGCAAGCCUUCAUCUACUCAAGGCAACUCUUGCAAAAACCAAACAUAUAAAUCGAGCACAUCCAAACAUCUAUCUUCUACACCGCGUUAUCAAUGCAGUCCACAAUGGCUCCCCAGAUGACUCGCAUAUGGCAAUCCGAUAUGCCAAGUUUCUGGGCAUUAUGGUACAGAUAGCUGUUCCUGCCCCGUCGAGAAGUCCCACUAUGGCACCAAGAGCAAGGAAUGGAGAAGUCAGUAUUGCUGUUGAAAAUCAGGCAGAGGACGACAACGGGCAAGUUGCCUAUCCUUACUCGUUUCAUGAUAUAGCAGUUGAGGGAGUAAGUGACUGGAAUGCUCUUCUGGACUUAGACCUAGCUCCAGAUCUUUUCAUGUGGUGGGAGUCUAUGCAUAGCUAG